UAGCGGCCGCUGGGCACGUGACCCCGGCGCGGCGGGGCGCACUGCAGCCGCCCCCGCAACAGCGCACCGUUCCGCCCGGCCCGCCUAGGCCGCACCGCCGCGCCACGACUGUUGGGGUUACAGGUCAAUACCUGGGCCUCUGCUGUCUCCCAGUCUUCCUGCGUUGGUCUGACCUGUUCAUGUCAUUUCUGUAGCUUUCAAGGCUCUGAAUGGCUAGUGAAGAGAGAUGUUCAACCUAAUGGCCAAUUGUUGCACCUGGUUAAAACGGUGGCAGGAGCCUGUCAGGAAGGUGACAUUAAUAAUGGUGGGUCUUGAUAAUGCUGGUAAAACUGCUACAGUCCGAGGAAUUCAAGGAGAGUCUCCUGAAGACGUAGCUCCAACGGUGGGGUUUUCCAAGAUUGACCUUAAACAGGGACGCUUUGAAGUCACCAUUUUUGAUUUAGGAGGUGGAAAACGAAUUCGGAACAUAUGGAGAAAUUACUAUGCUGAGUCAUAUGGUGUAAUAUUUGUUGUGGAUUCUAGUGACAUUGAAAGAAUGGAAGAAACAAAGGAAGCCAUGACUGAAGUUUUAAACAGCCCUAAGAUAUCAGGGAAACCCGUGUUAGUGCUGGCAAAUAAGCAGGACAGAGAAGGAGCUCUGUCAGAAGCAGAUGUAAUCGAGACCUUAUCUCUGGAAAAGCUUGUCAAUGAACACAAAUGUCUGUGUCAGAUUGAACCUUGCUCAGCUGUCAUGGGCUAUGGGAAAAAAAUUGAUAAAUCAAUUAAAAAGGGUUUAUAUUGGCUUCUGCAUAUCAUAGCAAAAGAUUUCGAUGCCUUAAAUGAGCGCAUCCAAAGAGAUACUACAGAACAAAAGGCAUAUGAGGAACAAAAGAAACGAGAACGAGCUGAGCGAGUGAGAAGGAUACGAGAAGAAAGGGAAAGAGAAGAAGGAAGAAGUGUACAAGAUGAGGAGGACCCUGAGCCUGGGAAUUCUGAAAACCCUUUCCAGCCUAUAGCUGCAGUAAUCUCUGAGAAUGAAAAACAAAUUGAGAAGGAAAAGAAGCGGCAAAGGUUGGAGACUGAAAAGGCGACUGUUGUUUCAGCAUCUCGAACAGAACAGGAACAAGUGGAUGCUCAGCAAUUAUCAAUUAACGGUAGUCAAGAAACAAAUGAUACCAGACUAGAAACAUGCAAUUCUACUACUGCACAACAUUUGCAGCAUGAAGAAAAUGAGCAGCAAACCUCAGAAAGCCUUGACUCAGAUAACAGUAAGAAGAAAAAUAAAAAAACAAAAUUAAAAAGAGGCCACAGAGUAGAACCCAUUAAUGGAGAUGAUGCAGUUCCCCCAAAUCCUACACCACCACCAGCUCUUCCACCAGUUGGAUGGGGAACUCCUAAACUUAAUAGACUUCGAAAACUCGAGCCUCUUGGUGAAACACAUCAUACUGAUUUCUAUGGAAAACCUCUGCCACCAUUAACUGUACGCCAAAGACCAAACAGUGAUGCCCAUGAUGUCACUGCUUAACUGGAUCCCAGAUAACAAUGAAAAAGCAUGGUCAAGAAAUUGUAUUGUAAAAUGGGUUUUGUCCAUGAAGGGAAAUUUUUAAAAUGACAGUCUAUGAGCUUCUUGCAAAGUAAAAAUUUGGUAACAAUUAAACACAGAGUUCAUUCUAUUCUACUUUGUCAUUUACUUUUCACAUCACCAGCACUUCAGGGUGAAGAAAGCAUGAAAGCAAGGAAGAUCUGUGUUUUCAUGGAAGCUCCUAUGAACACAGUACGGAAUACAUGUUGGGUUUACUUGUGAAAAUCCAUAGCUAUAAACCCGAAGAAAAAUACCUUCAAGAUGAUAAAAUAUUGGAUUGUAUGUUCUCUUUGACACCUUUCACCAGGUGCUGUGCAGUGGUUGAUAUUUUUGCAGCUAAUAAAUGGUUCUAAUGCAUUUUUUUAUGUAUGUUAGGGUGAAUACAGGCAGGUUAAACAACAAAUAUCAAGUAUAUUUUUCUAACUUUUUAUAAAACUAUUUGAAAAUAUAUGUGGAUUUUCCUACCUACUAUCAAUAAAACAACACCCAGAAAGCAUUAGAAAGCUGAUACCUAAAUACAUGCAAGUAAAAUGUGUUUGGCUUAACAUUUUUCUUACAGUAGCAAUAUCUCUUAUUAGGGAUUACAUUACCUUUAUUACUUAUUUCUGGCAAUCCGAAGGGAGGUAGGUAGAAAGGAAACUUUAAUAUAAAUACAUUUUUUACAAAAUUAA